UGGUGCAGGAUGAGAAAAAUGGCGGCGCCCACAAAGAAGCAUGAAAUUUUAAUUCUACUGUUAUUUUCAGCUUUUUCAGGAUAUAACCAGGAAAGUAAUGCUGACGAUGGCCCACAAAAUAAUAAAGAAGACAGGUGGCAUCCACAGUGGCACUCUAGAGAAAACUUCCCUGACCAACCAUUGCAGUUAGUGAGGCCAGGACAAGAUCAUAAGACACUGGAGGUAGUUGAGGAAAACUUCAAGAUGUUACAACGGAUUGAGGGGUCAGUUGCUACGGUUGCAGUUGUUGGCAAAUUUCAUACUGGGAAAUCUUUCCUUUUGAACCAACUGAUGGGAAAAUCCAAUGGCUUUGGUGUAGGACCAUAUGUUACUCCACAGACUAUGGGGAUCUGGAUGUGGGGAAAGCCACUAGAAAUAACCAAAGAGGAUGGACAGAAGCUCUCUCUAAUAUUUUUGGAUACUGAGGGAUUUGCUGCCAACAAUGUCUCAGAGAAUUAUGAUGCCAAAGUAUUUGCUGUGGCAACUCUACUCAGCAGCUAUCUAGUAUACAACUCUGUGAAGAUCAUUGAUCAGUCUGAUAUUGACUAUCUGGAACUGCUGGCCAGAAGAACACAGCUUUUUGCCUUAGGGGCACAGUUGUCAAAGACCAAAUGGACUGAUGAUUUCAACCAUGAUUUGCUUAGUUUUCCUCCAUUACUUUGGGUUGUUCAAGAUUUUUUUCAAGUAACAGAGAAUAAGGAAAGUCCAAAAGAAUGGCUCCAUCGUCUUAUGGAGACACAUACAAGGGAGAAUGAGGAAUAUGAAAUCAGUCUGAAAGGUAUAUUCAAGUCUGUGGAUUGCCACACUAUGUUCCUGCCAGCAACAAAGAAACAGCUUCUCAUAGACUUAUCUAAGGCUGCUGAGGAUGAACUUACACAGGAGUACAAAGAGGAAAGAGAUGCUUUAAGAGAGAAAAUCAAAUCAGGAAUACAACCCAAAGAAAAGAAUGACAGAGCCAUAACUGGCCCUGAGCUUGCAUCAUUAUUGGAAAUCUUGGUCAGUGCAGCAAAUGAAGGAUCUUUGGCAUCAAUCCCUAGUCGUUGGGAUGCCUUCAUCCAAAGGCUCCAAGAUGGCGCCUUAGAGGACUGCACCAGGUUCUAUGAAGGUGAGAUGCAAGUGCUCAGUGAAAUGUAUAAUAAUGGACCAGUCCAUCCCAAGGCACAGGAGGAAUGGCAUGAACAAGUAUUCAAUAAAUCACUCCACCUUCUAGAACAGCUGUUGUUUGGGCUUGGAGAUAGGGUAACAGAAGCAUCCAAGGAGCUAGACCACAAUAUACGCCACAAGUUUGAGAAGAGCAAGGACAUGAAUGAGAAGAGGAUAAAGCUGAAGUGCAGUGAACUUCAGCACAAGGUUGAGCUUGAUGCAGAGGAGGCAUUGAGCAAAAUGAAGCUUCCACUGAAAACAUCUGAACUAGAGCACCAGAUAGGAGUUCUACAUGAGAAAUCUCUAUCACAGUUCACUGAGAGCAUCAAAAACUUCACUCUAGAGGCAGAUAGAGCAGACAUCAUUAAGAGACUGGGGAGUUCUAUCACUAGUAUUGGAGACCGCUUUUUCUUAAAGAACAAGCAGGCUUUGGAAAAGACAUUGCAUGAAGGAAUAGAAAAAGCCAUAGGACAGUUUAAGAAGCUUACUGAAAACAAAGAUAGAUUUCCAAGAGCUCCAAAGGAAAUGUCCCAUGUGUUGAUUUUUGCCAAUGAAGCUGCUGAAAAGGUAUUCCAUACUGAAUGUGACAAAGCCAGUGAAGAAGAUCUAUACAAAGUUUACCAAGGCAACCUGAAGAAUCAACUUGUUGAAGUCUCAAAAGCUUUAGAAAAGGAAAAUGAUGAAUACCUGCAUACACAGAUCAAUGUCAGGGUGAGAGAACUGCUGUCUUUAUUCACUGAUUCCACAGAUGCUACUAUUAUGCCACUGCCAGUCAAUGACACUGACCUGGAGGAGAGGUUAUACCAGGAAACUAAGAAUUGUGAGACAUCUUACAGAGAUGAGUUUGAUGAAUUUUCUACAUUUAAGAGUUUUGCAGAAGGAAUGAUAGAACUCCAGAGGGGAAUUCACAAAAUUUGUGGAAAACGUCGUCAAGAAAAUGUGGAAGCAUUUGCAAGAGAAGUGGAAGCCCCCUUAAGAACAGCCAAGCAGCUGAUUGUGCUGUCUGCUGACAAAUAUGACACUGUGUUUAGUGUGUCUCAGUUUAUACGCAAAGUCUGCCUGCUAAAUCUUGAUGAGGGUAAACCAAAACACUGGCCACUGGAUUUAAAGUCCAGCAUUAUUGACCACUUCAUGGAGAGUGACCAGGACAUUCAGACUAUAAUGCUAGAGAAGCAAGGACUGUGGUCGAGCAUUGUGGGAUUUGUACAGUGGAUUAUGUGGUUAUUAGGACUAAACAGUUGAGGUGUGCUCAUUGCUUUAGACUGAUUCAAUUAAUGGUGCUAAAAUUUCCAUUUUUCUUAGAUUAGACCUAGUUUUCAAAAGAGGGUGCUUGUUGUUUCAGUAUUAGUAAGUUUCUUUAUUUCUGCACUGUAAAAGUGUAGAACUUGCCAAGAUAAUUUAGUCCUAUAGAAUUUACAUAUCCAGCGUAAUUGGCCAAUAACUGAAGGUUUCCUUUGGGCGAGAAAAAGGUUUUUUGAAAACAAACAUAUAACAUACCUACAAAUUUAUUGAAAUAAUUUAUAUAUUGUAUCAUAUAUAUAAAAAGAGAGGUAGUGAAUGAGAUGCAUUUGAUGAGUUUUGGAGGAAAUGGAGGGGACGGGUUGAAGUUUAUCGAGCAUAAGGGGACCUAUUCUUCCAUGAUACUGGUAGCUAACUACAUGUGGUAAAGAAAAAUUAAUCAUUUCUGGAGAAACGUGAUGCAUUAUUAACUAUGGGGCGUGAUGUAUUGUCUCUUUAAAAACAAUUAUUAUUACCAUCUUUACAGAGUGGACAAUGAAGGACUCGUUUUACAACCAUUUAUUGUGUCACAUGUUCCUCUGUCUUGUUAUCUGUGAUACAGUGGAAAGGGUGCUAAAACAGAGAAACGUUUUUUGCUGGAAAGAUCUCAAUUAUGCAAUGGUUUGGAAUCAGUUUAAUGGUGCAAUAAAGUGUGAUUUUCAGUUAAUUUUCAAUUUAUUUCAAAACUUACAGACAUAAGGGCUGCCUUGUUUUAUCGGAAUAAGACGAGUUUUGUCAUCCAUAGCCAUUAUAUGACAUACCAGUGUAUUUCACUGUGUUUAAAUCGUUUCACCUUUGCAAGUUGUAAAAACACUUUCAUUUGGACAUUCCCCAUUUAUUUAUGAUGACAUUUAUGAUGGCAAGAGGCAUUUCUUGUCAGGAAAUAACUAUAUGAAGAAUCGGCGUUUUGACGAAAUAAAUUAGGAUGAAGUUGAUCGGAUUUUCAAUGCGCUUUCGUUUCUUUUCUCUUAAUUCCAAAAGCGCAUUGAAAGUCC